AUGUCAGAUGACGCGGACGUCAAGCUUGUGGAUCACAAGAAGAAGAACCUCCCUCAUGACACAUUCUCCUAUCAAUAUGUGGAACGAUCUAUCGCGAAAGGGCGACUUGAAGACCUCGAAGCCCACAGGGCAGGUCCAUCUGCACACCGUCCUAUGGGUGCAUCAAAUAUCCCGAUCAAAGGCAAACGAUCAUCUUUCACCCAAAGAGAUGACCAAAUCCUGUAUGAUUGGAUUUACCAUUUUGGAAAGAGCCCAGGGGCACCAAUUCAAGGAAAUAAGUUCUAUCAGGACUUGGCUGAAUAUUUUCCCAAUCACCCAUGGCAGUCCUGGCGAAGUAGGUAUACAAAGCACCUGGCUCUGAAUGCAAACAAACGUCCAGGUGGUGGUGUACCUCAAUCCCUUGAAGAGAUCAUACAGUGUGCGCCGGCCAAAGACAAACACCCCAAGAUCUUACCAACCCGUACUUCCGAACCCGUUCCUGUGGUCAAAACCGGAGCAAAUGAUCUGGAAUCCGCACCUGCCUCAGAUAAAAACACCAUGGGUACCCCAAAACGCAAGCGUGAUUCAAUUCCAGAGCCGCCCAAACAAAUUCGGGUUGAGGUCUCACCUUUCAAGCGACGAGCUAUCGAAGCAUCCGUGGCCGCAGACUCUCCUUCACUUCCACCUCACCGUGAAACCCAGCGCCGCCAUCCACAUCCACAACCAUCAACGAUGACUACACCACCCACCCGCCGCGCUGGUUCACCAAAGGACUCGCCCAGCACCUCCAAUUCAAGGUCAAAGCCAAUCGAAGGUCUAGGGAUUCCAGAACUCUUUCCUCCACAGAUCCGGCAAGAACAAGCAUCUCCCCCUACCCGCGAACCACAUCCGCCCCCAAAGCAUGUGACGAAAAUCUCAGAACCACUUCCCCGUCCACCGGGGGACAAUGCAUUUGCAAGGUUUGCGAGGUUCAAAAAGCAAGAAGCACCCCCGAGACCGCCACCAAGCGAUCCUUAUAAGGAUAAUUUCGACCCUGGUUUCUUAGAGCUGCCAUUCCCCCCGUCCAGCUCGCCACCCGAGCCUACCGAAGACGAUGUAUCAGAGACGCCCGAUAUAGACAGCUGGAUCGACGCACGACUGGCUCGAGGCGCGGAUGAAUCACACAUCUUCGACGCUCUGCGCUGCACAAGCAUGGAAAUGGAAAUGGCUGACAGAGUACUCAAGCACCUCAGUGCUGGGAAAGGCAUCCCGAAUAACAUGCCUGGUGUCUGGACGACCGAAGACGACGAGUGCUUCCAAGCAGAAGAGCACUCGAAAGUGCAGCGUGCCUUAUCAAAGCAUGGUGCUGGGGCGUUCAAGGCAAGAUGGGAGUAUUUCCGCUUAGCUCGGGAAGGGGGGAUUAAUGAAUGA